UCUUGGCCGGUCCAGUUGUUUGAACUGGCCACUGAAUGAACCAAACUUUGUCAACUUCUCUUCCAUUUUACAGACCAGCACUUAUUCAGACUCCAAAGUGUUCAUUUCCCCAGCACAGGGACACUGCUUGUAGUAGUGGAGGUAGAGGUUCUAUUCUAUGAAAGAAUCUCAGACAUCCUAGACUUAGACUUCUGUAGAGAUCGUUUGCUUCUUACACAAAGAAGCCCUGUUCUGAAGUGCCUCAUUGAGAGGAGAGCUCCCCAUCUCAGCCUGUAGAGCUCAUCUGGAACUAGGAGGAGCUGCUGGCAAGGUGCCCAUUGCUGUGUAGGUUCCUGCGUGCAGGAUCUUGGUGAGCAGAACAGCAGCCAUGCCGCCUGCCAUGGGAGGACCCCAGGGGUACACCCCUCCAGAGGGGGGCUGGGGCUGGGCAGUAGUGGUGGGAGCCUUCAUCUCCAUCGGCUUCUCCUAUGCCUUUCCCAAGUCCAUAACCGUCUUCUUCAAGGAGAUUGAGGUCAUUUUCGACUGCACCAGCAGCCAGGUGUCAUGGAUCUCCUCCAUCAUGCUGGCAGUGAUGUAUGCCGGAGGUCCUAUCAGCAGUAUCCUGGUUAAUAAGUAUGGGAGUCGUCCCGUCAUGAUGUGUGGAGGAUUCCUGUCCGGCUGUGGACUGAUUGCUGCCUCCUUCUGCAACUCAGUGGAAGGACUUUACUUCUGUGUGGGAGUGGUCGGAGGUUUGGGACUGGCAUUCAAUCUGAACCCAGCCCUUACUAUGAUUGGGAAGUACUUCUACCAUAAGCGGCCCAUCGCCAAUGGAAUCGCCAUGGCAGGCAGCCCAGUGUUCCUAUCCACCCUGGCCCCUCUCAACAGCUGGUUCUUUGACCAGUUUGGUUGGAGGGGCAGCUUCCUGAUACUGGGAGGCCUGCUGUUCAACUGCUGCGUCGCUGGUUCUCUCAUGAGACCCAUCGGACCAAAACCACAGCCUGCAGUUAAAAGUGAAGAUGCUGCCAAGGAGAGUACGACGUGUGGGCAGAAGUGUAACAGUUUUAUCGACCUCUCGCUGUUCAAACACCGGGGCUUCGUGCUCUACCUCAUGGGUAACGUCAUCAUGUUCUUUGGUCUCUUCUCCCCACUAGUGUUCCUUAGUAACUUUGCCAAGAGCAGGGACAUCCCCAAAGAGAAGGCAGCCUUCCUGCUGUCUGUUCUGGCCUUUGUGGACAUGGUGGCCCGGCCCUCCAUGGGCAUUGUGGCCAAUACAAAGUGGAUACGACCCAGGGUGCAGUACUUCUUUGCCUGCUCUGUGCUGUUGAACGGUGUGUGCCACGUCCUGGCGCCCAUCUCCGUGGACUACACAGGCUUCGUUAUCUAUGCCAUCUUCUUUGGCUUUGCCUUUGGCUGGCUGAGUGCAGUGCUGUUUGAGACUCUCAUGGACCUGGUGGGAACGCAGCGCUUCUCCAGUGCAGUGGGACUGGUCACCAUUGUGGAGUGUGGGCCUGUCUUGUUAGGUCCCCCUAUGUUAGGGAAAUUCAAAGACAUCUACAAUGACUACCAAUAUACCUACCAGAGCUGUGGGGUGAUCCUUAUCAUUGCCAGUGUGUUCCUGUUCGUGGGGAUGGGUACCAACUACCGGUUGUUGGACAAAGAGAAAAAGGAGGAGGAAAGGAGAGCUAAACUGGAGGGAAAAGAAGAAGAGACCAACAAGGACAAUGCUUCAAAAGAAGCCACCAAUGACAGGGUGAGAGCAGUUGACGAGACAAAAACGGCAGAAGACAUAAUCUAACUUUCCUUGACAUCAAAUUCACGCAUUCACAUGGUACCUCAAUACAGUCAAUGAGAUAAUGUAGACAUCAAAUUCAUUUAGUUUAAGUCUUUGGCAGAUAGCAAUGUUCAUGUAAACAUAUUUCUUCACCAGUUCCACUUUUGUCAUUGAAUAAUGUAUUAUCAGCAUAAUAUGACUGUGUCAAGAUACAUGUAUGUAUGCAACUUUUUACGGAAAUGUACAACUGCCCUACCAAAAAAUACUAUAUUUUACUGGAGUCCAAAUAGUAAAUUUUCUGCAUAAGUGUUGUGAUAUAUUUUAGAAUAGUAUUAUAUACAGGUAAUUCCUAUGUGUAUAGUGUAUUUGGAAUUUCAGAAGUCCACCUCAAAUAACUACAAUGUACAGUAUUAUUCUGUGAAAGCACUAGUGCUUUUAGAAGGUUUAAUGAAUCACUGUAACAUUUUGUUCACACUGUCAUGAUGAUUGGUAGGUUUCUUUAAUCUCCGAAAGCAUUGUUACAUGAAUAAUCAGGCAUAGUCUCUUGAUAUUCACAGUUCUUCAAUUCAUCUUCAAAACAAUUAUAUUCCCGUGUUGACUGCACAGCUAAAAAGCUAGAGAGACCGAUAACAACACCAAAGAUAAUCCAGUUUGAAGACCUGCAGAAACUGCUUCUGCAAUAUGAUUCCCUGAUCACACUUGUGGAGUUGUCACUAUUUACAAAAAUUGGCUAUAUCCAGGGGCGCAACUUUGGUUUUAGAAGUGGGG